GUAACUUCCUCCUUCCUGGUGAGAUUGUUUAACAAAGCAGGGAGAGUUUACCCUAGGUCUGUCUGUAGGAGGGCAGAGCCCGGGCAGGGCCAGGAGGACCUGGCCACCCGAGUGAAUCAUGAGACACUUCGUCCUCCCUCCAGGCCUGCUGCAUCUAUAGGACUUCUGGGGAGGCCGCAGCCCCUCUGAGACCAGAAGGCCGGACUGUCCUAACGGGGCGGUGGUCGGCUGGCUCGGGACCCUCUCGUCUUCUCCAGUGACGGAAGCAGGGAAGUAGGAGCCUUGAUCCUUCAGGCUAACACUGACCCCAGGCCGCUCCUCACCUGGACAGGAUGAGAACGUCAGCCCUGCUUCGCCUCCUGGCCCUCGUUUUCGCGCUGAUCACCUCGUGGAUCAUUGUCCACAGCUAUAUCAGCUUCAACUGGAAAAUCAUCCGCAUGCCCCGUUGGCUGGCAGGUUCAGUCUCCAAGGAGAGCCGGGUCGUGAGGAACAAGUGUGACCUCAGCAAGGCCUGCCCAAACAAUUUCUUUGCGUUCAAAAUCCUCAGUGGGGCCGCCAACGUCGUGGGCCCCUCCGUGUGCUUCGAAGACCACAUGAUCAUGAGCCCUGUGAAAGACAAUGUGGGCAGGGGCCUGAACAUCGCCCUGGUGAAUGGCUCCACGGGAACAGUGCUGAGACAGAGCUAUUUUGACAUGUACUCUGGAGAUCCCACAUUCCUGGUGAAAUUCCUUAAAGAAAUCACAGAGGACAUGCUGGUGCUGGUGGCCUCCUACGAUGACCCAGGGACCAAAAUGAACGAUGAACUCCGGGUGCUCUUCUCCAAGUUGGGAAGCUCCUACGCCAAGCAACUGGGCUUCCGGGACAGCUGGGUCUUUUUAGGGGCAAAAGACAUCAGGAGUAACAGCCCCUUUGAGCAGUACUUACAGAACAACCCCAACACCAACAAAUACGAGGGCUGGCCAGAGCUGCUGGAGCUGGAGGGCUGUGUGCCCAGGAAGAUAGUCUAGGGCGGCUGCAGCUCCCCCCCGGGUUGCAGGUUGCUCGAGGUGGACUGGCUGGAGGAGAAGGACGGCGGGGACGAGGGACUGAGACCUGCUGCAGCAUGGAGCGCUGAGGGUCCUUGCACUCUCUGCACGGCUGUGCACUUCCCCUUUUCAGAAACAAAAGCCUCA